AUGUACGUGAUUCGGCUGUUUAUUGGCGAGUCGACCGUGGCUAUUCAUCUUUGCCUCCGCGAUUCUACCGUCAUGCCUUGCCCCGGGAUUAAUAUGGCUGCUCUGGACAAGAAAAUUCGAUCCAUAAAAGCCGCUGGACAUGCAUGGGAUGAAAUCUGUGCAAGGCCGGACGAAUUCCUGGAGGGGCACGUCAAGGAGGAUAGGCGAAAAAGAGAUGCACAAAACCUUCGCAAUGGAGAGGAUACACGAGCAGGUCCAAAACGAGGGGGAAAUGACACAUCCGACGAUGGUGUGCCUCUCAAGGAAUCUGUUGGCGAUUCACCACGAAUAGUAGAAACCGAAACGGCCAAUGAUUCCAGCGACCAAAAAAACCCGAGGACACUGGCAACACCGUCACCAUUACCGUCACAGACGAAAGAGAAAAAGAUAUCACCAACGGAUGAAACAACGCCAGCAUCAAUAUCUGCAACGACAAUAAAAUCCCCGCAAUCGAGCCUGAUCAAACCGGUUCAAGACGAUGCAGAAGAAUCCUUGCAAUACGACUACAAUUACGGUUGGAAAGACGAUUCGUCUGGCGUCGAGAUCUUCGGAGGAGACGAAAACGAGAAAGGAAGUGUCCUGUACGAUGACAAGUGCAUCUACUCCAGCUCUCUUCUUCUGUGGAAAGAGGAUUUCGACUUCGACACCAUCACCACGGCAGAGAUCCGAGACAAAGUCACCAAAGCCCUGGACGACGAUUCAGCGGAGGACGUGGACGUGAUCUUGUCUGGCGUGGAGAGGGACAAGAACGGAAGGGUCGUGAGUGCGAAGGCCAUAAUGAGUGUCUACAUGCUCAAGGACAGGGGGAACACCACCAACAUAAAGGGAGAAAAAAUUGACCCAGCCGCACAUGCGUGGGAGAGGAAAUUCAUCGAAACUGUAUUCCACAGCAACCUUCCCAAGCCACACGGGAUAGAUAUCUUCGCCUUCGCAACACGCAGCUUUCGAGAUGGAAUCCGUGAGACGUUGUACGAUGACAUGUUGUACUUUGUCCUUGGUUUCGCUCUCGUCACCAUCUAUGUGUCCAUCAACUUAGGGCGAUGCAGCUUCCUUCAACAGCGAGUCUACCUGGGCCUGGCUGCAGUCUUCUCCAUCAUAUUGACAGUUCUGAGUGCGAUUGGACUGUGUCUAUACCUUGGGAUUCUUCCGGGAGAGCUCCACAACUUGAUGCCUUUCCUCAUUCUUGGGAUUGGCAUCGAUGAUACACUCGUUAUCGUCCAGAUGGCAUUGGUAGGAGGAGAGACCUUAACGGUAGAGGAGCGUGUGGGGGAAGCAUUGAAAAGGGCUGGAGUAUCCAUCACCAUCACAUCCCUCACGGACAUCUUCGCAUUCUGCAUGGGAGCCACCACGAAAGUACCGAUGCUUCGGAGCUUCUGUAUCUACACGGCGGUUGGGAUCUUCAUCAUCUACGUCAUGACCUUGUUAUUUAUCGUCCCGAUUUUAUCUCUGGACGAAAAAAGACGAGACAGUCGGAGAGAGGCAUGCCUGUGUAUCCCAUUGCCAGACGACUACAAAACGAACAAUUGCUCCCAAAAGCUCCUUCUUAACAGCUUUUUCGACCGGAUCGUGGGACCUGUGCUCGCCAAAACCCCUGCGAAGGUAGUCGUGGUGCUACUCACAAUGGGUCUCUUGGGUCUCAACUGCUGGGGAAUGUCUGGGUUGAAACUGGAUUUUGACAGAACCUGGUACUUGGGUCCUGGAUAUCAAAGAGAUUUCCUGUCCGCUCUCCGCAAUCUCUUCCCAGAAAGCGGUUACAGGGCCGAAUUUUAUCUUGGGAAUGUGGAUUACUUCAAGGAGAGAGAUGCUUUGGAGGAGUUGUACACGAGGAUGUCUGCUCUUCCAGGAUUGAAGGACAGAUCCGUUUCACGGGGAAGUUACCAACACGUUCAGUUCGAUACCGGAGUCGAGAAACGACGUGGGCUCGACGAUGUGGAAGAGGUUCUGGAUUCAGUGAAAUUCAAGUCAAGUGAUCCCUUAAAAAGAUGCUUCUCUCUCGAGUAUCUCAACAUCCGAAAUAAUCAG